AUGAGCACGCAAAGAUUCCUUGCAGAGAGCCACAAGCAGCACGGUGUGAAGCGUGCUGCUGCUCAUGGUGAGCUGUCCUUCAUCACAGCCAUUGUCCCGGAUGGUGAGCUGACGCUUGUGAAAGAGGUGUCCGUGGAUGGGGCUGCGUGGCCUUCUGGGCUGAACUCCUGCCCAGACAAUCUGGACCAGAGAUGCAUCCAUCUCCUGCACAAGGAGCUCGGGGAGCAUGACUUGGCCCUCGCAGAGACCAAGUUCGGCAAAGGCCUGGAGACCACCAAAGGGUACAGAGAUGGGGACAUUAUUCUCUAUGCCACCGCCCUUUGGUUCGACGACUUGAGCCUCUUGAAAAAGUUCCUCGCCCGACCCGGGUACAGUGCCCUGCUAGACCGCUUCUUGGCUUCAAUCAAGCAGGGUUAG